AAUUUAUUACAACAAAAAGGAUUUAAAUUAACUUUUUCAUACCUAAAAUGAAAAUAUAUAUAUUUAGCAAUUAUUUUUCCGGUCAUGUGGUUCCGUCUUUACCUGUCACGAGGCAGAAUUUCUUCGCCUGUUUGGCAUUGACACAUCAUGCUAGGUUAAUUGGCGGCAGAAAAUGCAUGAAUUGACGCUUUUGUUGUCUUUCUUUUAUAGACGAGUACAUGACAAUAUCAUUAGACUUAAACGGUGCUUCUCAGUUAUUUAAUGUGAUUUUUCUAAGCCCCUCCUGAAUUGAAAUACUUUAUUUUAUAUUUAUUAUCUUUAAUGUAUCUGUAAAUAUGUGCUAGAUGUUAUUUUCUAUUUCACGUGCUAUGGGGCGCUGUUGUGAUCACUGCUUGGUUACAUUGCGGCACGUGAACAGUAGAACAAGUAAAAGCAACAUGGCGGCCCGCACACCGCUGUCCUUUCGCUUUCCUCACAACCUGCUUCUACCAAAGAACCACAAGCUCGUCCACACAGAGGCGGCUGUGAAGGAGGCUGUUUAUCCGCCUAUCAAGCCCUCUCUCACGGCCAAAAGCAAAUCGGCCCGGCAGCGUCAAGUCGAAGAACAGAUAGAGCGGAUAAAAUCGUCCCCGGUGGAGGAGAAGCUCCGGCUCAUCACUCGCAUCCAGCGGAAGAAAUUCGUCGUUUACCCGCAGACGUUUGCCCGCAACGCGGAUAGAUGGUACCAGCACUUUACGAAGACCGCCUACAUCCCCGGCUUGCCUGAGAAGUUACUCUCUCAGCGGCCGCUCGUCACCGGGCAGGAGAACUCCCAGUCUGCACCCACACAAGUCCUCGGCGAUGAGGCGUUUGAGGAAAUACGCUCUUUGAUAACCCGCGUGAUUUUACAAGAGCACUGGCAUGUGAAAAAGCGCAAGGUGUUCGUGUACCGCCAUCAGGAACUCACCGAGGGGCCUUUUCUGAGGACGUUGUUCACUGCCCUCACCCACAGUCUCGCCGUAUACAACCCGCUGCUCCUCCUCUGCAGCUUGGAUCGAAACCCCCAGGUGGGCUUCUACUGGAGGAGAGGAGAGAGGAUCAUCCCAAAGGGCCACAGGAGAGGAAGUCUGGAGCCCACCAGGUUCCAGAUUGACGACCAUCCGCUUUGUCAGAUCAGGAUAACAGAACAGCUGCCUCAGAUGGUCCCAAUGGAGGAUUCCUACAGCGCUGAUGUCCCUGUCGUUCCCUACGCUCCCAACCUGAUGCCUCUGUUCAAACGACAGUACACCAAUCACAUCUUCACAGGUUCUAAGCUUCCCGACCCAGCGUGUUACGGCCACACUCAGUUCCACUUGGUGCCAGACCGCUACCACAGAGACCGCAUGGCCCGAAAGCAGCAGUCAGAUCAAGUGGAGGUCUUCCUGAGAGCUAACGCCCUUGCAAGCCUCUUUGCCUGGACUGCAGCUCAAGCAUGCUAUCAAGGUUUCUGGAACUUCGAGGAUGUGACCCGACCCUUCGUGUCGCAGGCCGUGAUCACCGACGGCAAGUUCUUCUCCUUCUUCUGCUACCAGCUCAACACACUGGCUCUGUCGGCACAGGCAGACGUGGACAACCCCAGGAAGAACCUCUUGUGGGGCACGGAGAGCAUGCGUCUCUACGAAGGCGUGGAGGAUGAGCGGGUGGUGGGUCUGAACGAUGACACCGUCAGGCUGCUGGUGCGCUUCUUCCUCCAGCAGUAGAAGUGGGAAUUUGUACCAAAUGCAGAAAUCAAGUUGUAUUUAUGAAGAAAUAAAGUGGUUUCUAUGCCAACA